AUGGACAGCGAUAACAGCCAGCCGUUCGCCUAUGCAGCCACCACAAUUGCCAGUGACAACUGGAAGUCCAAACGCACGAAAGUAACAAAAGUCAAGCGACGUCAGCGUUUGAAUUCGCACAGCAAUCUGCCAAGUCUUUCGAAUGCGUCUGCGGGCGUUGCCAACCUCAGCUCAUGGCAGCAGCAGCGUUAUUUGAAAGUGAACCAAGUGUUCGAGAGCGAGCGCCGCAUGACGCAUGCAGAGAUUCAGCGUAAUCACGGCAAAAUUGUCCUCCUCGGCCUAUUCGAGCUGUCAACAAAGCGCGGCCCGCGUCCGGACGGACUCAGUGAACUCGGCGCUGCUACGAUGGCCGUUGAGCAUAUAAACCGCAAGCAGCUGCUGCCCGGCUACACCCUCGAGUUGGUGACCAAUGACACACAGUGUGAUCCGGGCGUGGGCGUUGAUCGUUUCUUCCAUGCCAUUUACACACAACCGUCGACACGCAUGAUGAUGCUGCUGGGCUCCGCCUGCUCGGAGGUAACCGAGAGUUUGGCCAAGGUGGUGCCCUACUGGAAUAUUGUGCAGGUCUCCUUUGGCUCCACAUCGCCCGCGCUAAGCGACAGACGCGAGUUUCCCUAUUUCUAUCGCACCGUCGCUCCGGACUCAUCGCACAAUCCGGCACGCAUUGCCUUCAUACGGCGCUUUGGCUGGGGCACUGUCACCACCUUCUCGCAGAACGAGGAAGUCCAUUCGCUGGCUGUUAACAAUCUGGUGACAGAACUGGAAGCGGCCAACAUCUCCUGUGCGGCCACAAUCACCUUUGCGGCCACCGAUUUUAAGGAGCAAUUACUGCUGCUGCGGGAGACAGACACACGCAUCAUCAUCGGCAGCUUCUCGCAGGAGCUCGCACCGCAAAUUCUCUGCGAGGCCUAUCGACUGCACAUGUUUGGCGCCGACUACGCCUGGAUCCUGCACGAGAGCAUGGGCGCCCCUUGGUGGCCCAAUCAGCAGUCCGCCUGCAGCAAUCACGAGCUACAGCUGGCAGUCGAGAAUCUCAUUGUUGUCUCCACCCACAACAGCAUUGUGGGCAACAAUGUCAGCUACAGUGGAUUGAACAAUCACAUGUUCAACUCGCAGCUGCGCAAGCAAUUCUCGGACUUCAACAAGCGCAAGAGACGCGGCACGGCCAGUCAUCUGACGCUGGAGUCGAUUUCCCGCUACGCGCCGCAGACCUACGACGCUGUGUGGGCCAUUGCGCUGGCCUUGCGUGCGUCGGAGGAGCACUGGCGCCAGAACGCUACACACUCGAAGCUGGAUGGCUUCGACUAUACGCGCAGUGACAUGGCCUGGGAGUUUCUACAGCAGCUGGGCAAGCUGCACUUCCUGGGCGUUUCGGGACCUGUAUCCUUUAGUGGCCCGGAUCGCGUCGGCACCACCGCCUUCUAUCAGAUACAACGCGGAUUGCUUGAACCCAUUGCUCUCUACUAUCCAGCCAGCGAUGCUUUGGACUUUCGCUGUCCGCGCUGUCGACCCGUCAAGUGGCACAGCGGCCAGGUGCCCAUAGCCAAGCGUGUCUUCAAGAUGCGUGUGGCCACAAUUGCUCCGCUGGCCUUCUACACCAUUGCCACGCUCUCCAGCGUGGGCAUUGCCCUGGCCAUUGCGUUUCUUGCCUUCAAUUUGCACUUUCGUAAGCUCAAAGCAAUUAAACUUUCCAGCCCGAAGCUGAGCAACAUCACCGCGGUGGGCUGCAUAUUCGUCUAUGCCACCGUCAUCCUGUUGGGCCUAGACCACUCGACGCUGCCCUCGGCAGCAGACUCGUUUGCCACAGUUUGCACGGCACGCGUGUAUCUGUUGUCGGCUGGAUUCUCGCUCGCCUUUGGCUCAAUGUUUGCGAAGACGUAUCGUGUGCACCGCAUCUUCACACGCACGGGCAGCGUGUUUAAGGACAAAAUGCUACAGGACAUACAGCUAAUACUGCUAGUGUGCGGCCUGUUGCUUGUGGACGCCCUGCUCGUCACGCUCUGGGUCGUUGCCGACCCCAUGGAACGGCAUUUGCAUAAUUUGACACUCGAAAUCAGCGCCAUAGAUCGCAGCGUUGUCUACCAGCCGCAGGUGGAGGUUUGCCGCUCUCAGCAUACGCAAACCUGGCUGGGCGUGCUCUACGCCUACAAAGGACUGCUGCUGGUGGUUGGCGUCUAUAUGGCCUGGGAGACGCGCCACGUUAAAAUACCAGCACUCAACGAUUCCCAGUACAUUGGCGUCUCUGUCUAUAGUGUGGUUAUCACCAGCGCCAUUGUUGUAGUCCUGGCCAACUUGAUUUCCGAGCGAGUCACGCUCGCCUUUAUAACCAUCACGGCUCUCAUACUGACCUCCACAACGGCCACGCUCUGUCUGCUCUUCAUACCUAAGCUCCAUGAUAUUUGGGCGCGCAAUGACAUUAUAGAUCCUGUCAUACACAGCAUGGGCUUGAAGAUGGAGUGCAACACGCGUCGCUUUGUCCUCGACGAUCGACGCGAGCUGCAAUAUCGCGUUGAGGUGCAGAAUCGCGUUUAUAAGAAAGAGAUACAAGCGCUGGAUGCUGAGAUACGCAAGCUGGAGCGUCUGCUGGAGUCGGGACUGGGCAGCGCAUCCACCAAUACUUCCAGUUCGACUUCGUUGCUGACGGGACAUGCGCAUCUGAAGCCCGAGCUGACCAUCACCUCGCAGCUGCCACCAGUGAACAGCAAAUCGCGCACGCCCAGCAUUUCGGGCAUUCUGCCCAAUCUGCUGCUGUCCGUGCUGCCGCCGGUUAUACCACGAGCCAGCUGGCCCUCGGCGGAGUAUAUGCAAAUACCGAUGCGGCGUUCGGUGACGUUUGCAUCGCAGCCACAGCUGGAGGAGGCGUGUCUGCCGGCGCAGGAUCUUUUCAAUCUGCGGCUGGCGCAUCAGCAGGCAACGGAGGCCAAGACGGGCCUGAUUAAUCGCCUGCGUGGCAUCUUCUCGCGCACCACAAGCAGCAACAAAGGCAGCACAGCCAGCUUGGCACAAGAUCAAAAGGGCUUGAAGGCAGCAUUCAAAUCUCACAUGGGCUUGUUCACGCGACUCAUUCCCAGCUCCCAGACGGCCAGCUGCAAUGCCAUCUACAGUCAGCCGCAGGCGCCAGCCAACAGCAUUGAGAGCAGCAGCAGCAGCAAUGGCAACCAGUUGAAGCCCAUGCAUCGUGGCUCGCUAACCAAGAGCGGCACGCAUCUCGAUUUGCUAGCAAAGGAUCCCAACUUUCUGCCCAUACCAACCAUCUGCAGUGAACGCUUCGAUGCGGAGCCGCCGCUUGGCGAGCAGCAGACGCCGCCGGCGCAGUAUGUUAGACCCGCCGAGGUGAAGGUAAAUUUUCAACUGCCCAGCAGUCGGCGUCCAUCGCUGAUGCAGCCCGUGCCAAGUCUGCGCGAGCGUGUGCGCGGCUCGCCGCGUUUUCCGCAUCGCAUACUGCCGCCCACCUGCAGUCUGAGCGCCUUGGCUGAGUCCGAGGAUCGCGGCAUGUCCAACGAGUCGAGCACUGUGGGCAGCUGCAAGUCCAUACCGCGCAUUUCACUGCAGCAGGCAAUGAGCGGCGGCACUUGGAAGUCCAUGGAGACGGCGGCCAAGUCGCGUCUUUCGCUGGACUCGCAGGAGGAACCAACACCAAGCCCAAUGGCCGCGCCCAAUGGCCUGGACUAGCUCGAGUACACUUUCCGCCCAGCCACCCACCCCCGUCAAUUAGUAAGUAACACCAAAGCAAUUAAUUUCCCAACUCCACGCAACUCCAACGACUCCAAAACGACGGCAGCGUGUGCAACUGACCAAUCAUCGGCUUAAAGCAAUCAAAAAGCAUUAGAAUAACUUCCUAGUAUUAAUCCCUCUAACCAUACAAAGCAACUAGCUAGUCAUCAUCUUACCCGCCGUGCUUGCCACUUGCUGCCCCCAGCUCAUUUAUAUAACGUACAGUUAAUCCCUAGACCAAGUGGCAAGCAAGCAUCUCUCUCUCUCUCUCUGUAUUUCUAUCUCGCUCGUUAUCGGUUGUUGAUGGCCCAACUGCGAUUUUCUGGUAUCCCAUGAGCAAUACUAUAGGUUCUAUGUUAACUUGUUAAGUCAGCAAUAUGAUUAAUUCGAAUUAUUGUCGAUUGAGAUUAGGCUUAGUGCACUAAACUAACAGGGCUGCAAAAUCAAAAGUAAAACUUUUAUUUAUUUCAUUUGCAUAGGCUAGCGAAAUAUUUGUUUAUAAUUUUUCGAUUUGCAGCCUUGCUUAGUAUUCAAACGAAAUAUAAAUUGAAUAUUUGUCUCACUAAUUCUUGUAGCGAGUAGCGAUCGUAGUUGUAUUGAAUGUAGUUUAAAGCGAGCUCAUAAUUAAAUCAAUGUUUACACCUAAGUUUUAGCAAUGUAAUUCAAGUCGAAAACCUUUGAUUCUAAAUCUGAAACCCAAUUCGAAACUAACAUAUACGAUAUAAAGUCAAUAAACUCAA